AAUUCAGACGGAAAAAGAAGUGACAGUGACAUGUAAAACGUUAGACAAUUUAAAAGCAUAAUGGAACCGACAUUGUUAUCAUAAAAUUCUGGAGGCGUUGAAGGAUGAGAGACUCUGCCUUUCAGAUCGACGAAUCAGAAGCUCGGAUCGGAUUGCGUGUGCGUCCAUGUAUUCGAGUUAGGUUUAAAAAAGAACGCACAACGUACUCGCGCGUAGUACAUUACUUGUUGGCACACUCGUGUAUACGUCCAUAAUAACGUUCGACUCGUUCAAUUUCCCUCGCGUUUUUAUUAUUUUUUUUUUUCUUUUUCUUUUUUAUUUCCUUAUAUAUAUUUUUUGUUGCUGGUGACAAAUAGAAAAGAAAGGGAGAUAUAUGUAUAUCUGUUGAUAUUAAAAAAAAAAAAAAAAAAAAAAAAACUCAUAACGUUAUUAUUGAAGUUUUACGUAAUAAUACAAAUUUCGUCGUUUCGUUAUCGCCGGAAGUUAUGUCGACGCCAUCUUUUUUCGCAGAAUCAAUGCCGAACAUAAUGAAGAAACAACAACAGGGUCCAUUGAUCGGUGUAAUAGAUGUUGGUACACGAACAGUAAGAUUUGUGGUAUUCAAUGCGAAGCAUAUAACAGAAGUAGCUUCUCAUCAGAUCGACAUUGAACAAUUGAGUCCAUUGGAAGGAUGGCUCGAAGUCGAUCCUAAAGAAGUACUUUUUGCUGUGAAGGCAUGCAUCAAAGACGUCAUAAAAAGGUUUGAAUCGCUCAAUCUAAAGGUAGAAGACAUCGUCACGAUCGGUAUCACAAAUCAGAGAGAAACUAUUAUAGCGUGGGAUAGCAUAACCGGUGAACCGUUUUACAAUGCUAUAGUGUGGUCUGACAUAAGAACCGCUUCGACCGUCGAUCAGAUCAUUGCCAAGUUCCCAGACAAAAGUAAAAACCAUCUGAAGCCACUUUGCGGUUUGCCGGUCAGUCCUUUUUUCUCUGCUUUGAAAAUUCGAUGGAUGAAGGAUAACGUACCGACUGUUAGAAAAGCAAUAAGAGAUAGACGUUGUAAAGUUGGUACGAUGGACACAUGGAUCCUUUGGAACUUAACCGGUGGUAAGGAAGGUGGACUUUACAUAACGGAUGUCACGAAUGCCUCGAGAACGAUGCUAAUGAACAUUGAGACUCUUUCAUGGGAUCCAACAUUAUGCAGAUACUUUGACAUUCCUAUGCAAAUGUUACCCGAUAUUAAGAGCAGUUCAGAGAUUUAUGGUAAAAUCUCGAUCGGUCCCUUAACGGGUAUUCCGAUAUCGGGCAUUCUUGGUAAUCAACAAUCGGCAUUGGUAGGACAAAAUUGUUUGAAACAGGGUCAAGCUAAGAAUACUUAUAGAAGUGGAUGUUUUUUACUAUGUAAUACAGGAACUAAGAGAGUGUAUUCUUCUCACGGUUUAGUCACCACAGUUGCAUAUCAAUUAGGCCCAAAUAGUCCUGCCGUUUAUGCGUUGGAAGGUUCAGUGGCAGUAGCCGGUGCUGCUGUUAAAUGGUUAAGAGACAAUAUGAAACUUAUCAAGGAUGUUCACGAAUCCGAACAUUUGGCACAAAGCGUUUUUAGUACUGGUGAUGUUUAUUUCGUACCAGCUUUCACGGGACUUUAUGCCCCUUAUUGGAGAAAAGAUGCCAGAGGAAUAAUAUGCGGCCUUACGGCUUUUACUACAAAACAACACAUUAUAAGAGCGUGUCUCGAGGCAGUAUGCUUUCAAACGAGGGAUAUCUUAGAAGCAAUGUAUAAGGAUUGCGGUUUUCCAUUAAAAAAAUUAAAUACCGAUGGUAAAAUGUCGACGAAUAAUCUCCUUAUGCAAUUACAGGCAGACCUUUGUGGUACACCAGUAUUUAGAUCCACUAUACCGGAUAUGACAGCAUUGGGUGUAGCAAUGGCUGCUGGUCAUGCGGAAGGAAUAAAUAUAUGGGAAUUUGAAGGUGAAGAAGUUGAAAGAGUACCAACGGAUACGUUUCUACCAACUACAACACCUGAGGAGAGAGAUGCUAGAUAUAAAAAAUGGAAAAUGGCGGUUGAAAGAAGUUUGGGUUGGGCAGCUGUUAAGAAGUCUGAUCAAAUGACAGAUGAAAGAUAUUGCGUCUUAGCCUCUAUACCUGCCAGUUGGUUCUUAAUGACGAGCUUUAUGUUAUUAAGAUUAAGUCGAUAUUUGGAAAAUCGGUGACAUCACGGGUAUGUCACUGAAGUGAUUCUCGAAAUAGAGGGCAGAUAGCCUAAUUAUAAUUUUGAACGACAUUUAGGAAAGAUGACUGAGAGUGCUCGGUUAUCAAUAUAGAAAAGCAGUCAGUCAUAUUGGUAAGGGAUAACGAGAUUACGAAAGAUUAGAAAUAACUUAUUUUUCUGCAUUACAGCUGUAUAUUACAAAGCUGUUACAAAACACGUGAAGAUAAGAUUAACGGAAAUGGAACAGGGAAUAGAAAAUGAACGAAGUAACACAUCAUUUCGAUGGAACCUUAAACGUUCUAUCUAAAAAAACAAAAAACAAAAAAAAAAUAAAAAUAAAAAUAAAAAUAAAAAUAAAAAAAGUAAAAAAGAAAAGAAAUGAAACAAAAAAACAAAUAAAAAGAAGAACAAAAGAUUCCAAAGUUUCGAAUCCACGAUAAACCAUAUAUGAACAAUUAUUAUUAUAAUAAUUUGCUAGUAAAGCGUAUCAUAUCGUACUCUUGCCAAUACUUCGAAAACAAAAAAAAAAAAGAAAAAAAACAAAAAAAAAAAAGAAAAGAAAAAACAAAGUAAUGAGGAUAUAUAUUAUUUGUUUAUCAUCCAUUAGAUUUACAUUUGGCAGAAACAGUUGCAAUUUUCUGUUAUUUUCAACGUAACAAAGUUAUAUCAUCCAAAGCCAAUCAUUUACAUUUGUAUAGAGCUGUAAUGAUAUGUUAAAAAUAUGUUAAAAAUUGAUUAUUUUCUACGCAAUAUGAUAAUUUUUAUCUCUUAUUUACAUUAAUCGUCAAUUCGAAUAAAUCUAUUAUUUACAGAAAUCGAUACAGAAAUGUAAAAUGUACAGCGAAAAUAUAAAAAUAUAUAUUACUCUCAGUUUAUAUCGAUAAAUAUAAGUCUGCAUUUUCAUCCUUUUUUCGGCCCCUUCCCCCCAUAUUCGAAGCGGAUAACUUUUUUUUUAAUUUCUUUUCUUUUUUUUCGCUUCGAAGCUCAUGUGCAAUAAAAUAAUAAGAGGAUAUAUUAAUAGGGAAACGGAAUUAAUUAGUAAAAAAGAAAGAAAGAAAGAAAGAAAAAAAAAAAUUUAUCUCACAAAAGUUAACAGUUACGAAACGAGGCGAGUAAUGAAUCGGCGCGUUUCAAAUGAGGCGCGUUAACGGGACUAGUGGCGCCAGAUGCGCGCGCAUCGUUGCGGCGGUCGAUCGAAGUAAUGGCGCGAGUCGGAAGACAGCAGCACAAGUAGCGGUGGCGGCAACGGCGGCGGUAGCAGCAGCAGCAGCACAAGCGGCACCAUCACCACCACCAGCAACAUCGUUAGCAGCACCAUCAGAAGAAGCACGCACGCACGGACGCACGGACGCAUGAUGCCGUGUCAGUGUAGAUCUUCGUCGUGUUACCGUAGUUAUAUCGUGUUCGUUCGUAAUUAUACGUGACUCUUUAUCCUUCUAAUAAUUACCAUUGUCCGUUGAAACGUGAACCAUCACGAAAUAUAUAAUGCGGUAUAGUAGGACAUUACGGUGGUUAAUCUCGUGGGAAAGAGGAACUUUCGUGAAGAAGGAAGAAGAAGCUAUUACCAGUGAUAGUAAACUAUUCGUCUUCGCGUCCUACCGUUGAAAGAGAGAACGAGAUAUAUAGAUAGAGAGAAAGAGAGAGAGAGAGAGAGAGAGA